AUGCACUGCCUAGCUUUCAUCAUUAUUGCGAGCUGCUGUGGCAUUCUAGGCGAUGCGAGACGAUUACCAUCAAGUGCUUUUGGCGUUCCAGGAGUCAAUGGGACAUAUGACUACGUCGUGAUUGGAGGAGGUACCGCUGGCUUGACGAUUGCUGCAAGAUUGAGUGAGACUGCAUCUGUAGCUGUUAUCGAAGCUGGCGGAUUUUACGACACCGAUAAUGGGAACUUCAGCGUCGUACCAUUCAACAGCUUACUCGCAGGAUUCAUUGGCAGCGCUCUGAACUAUCCUCGACAACCACUGGUUGAUUGGGAUUUAAUAACUGCGCCUCAAGCAAUCUAUGGUAACAAGCCAAUCCACUAUGCUCAAGGCAAAACACUGGGUGGAUCUUCCGCUAUCAACACGAUGGGAUAUCAUCGUGGUUCGAGAGGUUCGUACCAACGAUGGGCGGAUAUAGUGGGUGAUCAAAGUUAUGCUUUUGAUAAUUUGUUGCCUCAUUUCCAGAGAUCUUGCAAUUUCACGCCGCCAGAUCUUGUGAAACGGAAUCGUUCUGAUGCCGUACCAGCUUAUGAUCCGACGGCGUUUAGCCCUUCUGGAGGGCCGCUUCACGUGUCGUAUGUGAAAUGGGUUGAUCCGACUGUAGUAGCUAUGUCAGGGGCUUUGGAUCAGCUAGGACUUUCUGUUAGUCCCACGGGAUUCAAUAGCGGAAUUUUGUCUGGGUACAGAGGGUUUGCAACUUCAACUAUUGACCCAACUGACGGUACACGCUCGUCUUCGUAUGCCAGCUUCUUGAAGCAAGCGCUUCAACGUACAGAAAUAAUUGUGUAUCCACACGCUCAAGCUCUGAAGAUUAACUUUAACAGUUAUAAGAAGGCAACCGGUGUUGUAGUGUCUACCCAAGGGUUAGAGUGGACGAUCUCAGCCAGGAAAGAGGUCAUUGUCUCUGCCGGAGUCUUUCACUCUCCUCAACUAUUGAUGGUAUCAGGCAUCGGUCCGGCAGCCGUCUUACAAUCCCACAACAUCCCGGUUAUCUCAGACCUUCCAGGCGUAGGAGAAAACCUCUGGGAUCCCGUAUUCUUCAUCACAACCACCCCCGUCAACACGUCUAGCGGUUCAGCUCUCCUCUUCGGUCCACAAGCCGCCAAAGUAUUAGAAGAAUACCUCGAAGACGGCAGUGGUCCAUGGGGAGCAGCAGGCGGCCACUUCUCGUUCGAAAGAAUCCCAGCCCAUCUCCGCUCAAAUUUCACAAAUAGCACCGCGCAAGCACUGUCUUGGUUCCCGUCAGACUGGCCAGAAAUCGAAUAUGGUAUUGCUCCUUCACCAGGGGCCAACGGUACGAUGUUUGGCGCAUUCGGCGCUACGAUCGUUGCACCUCUUUCUCGCGGGAGCGUCUCUAUUAGUUCCUCGAGCAUGUUAGAUCAGCCUGUUAUUGAUCUAAAUCGUCUUUCUCAUCCCGCGGAUUUAGCGGUUCUUGUUGCAGCUUUCAAACGCAGUCGAGAAUUCUGGAAGACUCCCGCUGCUCGAGCUAUCAAAACCGGUCCUGAAGCCUCACCGGGAGAAGUCAUCCAGACGGAUGCCCAAAUCGAGGAGUACAUAAAAGGGAACUUAUUUGGUAUAUACCAUGCUAGUUCAACUUGUAGUAUGGGAAGAAGAAACGAUACGAAAGCUGUUCUAGACAGUAAAGCAAGAGUGUAUGGUGUGAAAGGGCUGAGAGUUGUGGAUAAUAGUGCGGUUCCUUUUGCAGUGCCGGGACAUCCACAAGCUACGGUCUAUAUGCUUGCGGAGAAGAUUGCGGAUGCAAUUUUGAAGGAGAAGGAAGCCUGA